UCUGCAUGCGGAGCGCGUCCGUCAGUGCCCGCGCCUGCCUCCGCGGCCUUCUCCUGCGCUCUCCCCGCCCGGUGCCGCUGGGAAGGACCCCUGGGCGACCCUCAGGCUCCACGAUGGUGACGGUCUACCCUGAAUUAAUGUGCUACCGUGAAUCAAUAGGCUACCAUGAGGCAGUGACCAUUGAGGAUGUGGCUGUGAACUUCUCUUUGGAGGAGUGGGCUUUGCUGAAUCCAUCCCAAAAGAAGCUCUACAGAGGUGUGAUGUCAGAAACAUUUAGGAACAUGGCUGCUAUAGGACAAUACUAUAAUAAUCAGCAAACUGAAGAUGAGUACAAAUGUUGGAAGAGAAAUCUAAGAAGUGAAGACAUAGUGAAAUGCUAUCAAUAUAAAUUAUGGUGUCAACCUGGAGAAAUGUGUUUUUGGAGUCAAGAUCCUAAAGUGAAUUUGAAAGUACUUGGUGUACAGUCAGCUCAAAGCCCUGCUUGUAGAAUUCCCCUGAUUGGUCAUUCGUCACUAAUUGUGCCCAUCAGAGCUCACAGUGCAUGCAAAUUAUAUGAGUAUCAGAGAUCUGAAGAGACGCUGUCUAAUAUUAAUGAAUGUGGGGAAACCUGCAGUGAUUUCCGGUCCUUUCAGGAGAAUGCAAGAACAAACCCUGGAGAGAAACACUGUGCAGGUAAGCACUGUAGAAAAUCUGACUCUGAUUGCACUGGAGGAAUUCACAUUGGAGAGAAGGCCUUUGCAUGUAAACAAAAUGCUGAAGACUUUGGUACGCCCAGCGAAAAAAAACACAGUGGAGCAAAUGUCUCUGUGUGUACACAAAGAGGAAAAGCUUUUCAUUCUCACCACAAUAUUCAAACACGUGAGAGAGCUCACAUAUCAGAGAAGCCUCAUGUUUGUAAACACUGUGGGAGAGCCUUCACUAAUAAUUCUUCAUUUUGUAGGCAUGAAAGAACUCACAAAGUAGGGAAAACAUAUGUAUGUAAACAAUGUGGGAAAACAUUUCUUCAUUAUAGUUCAUUAUUCAGACACAGAAGAACGCACACUGGACAGAAACCCUAUGUAUGUAAGCAGUGUGGGAAAGCAUUUGCCGAUAGCGGCUCACUGUGUAGACAUAAGAUAAGUCACACUGGAGAGAAACCUCAUGCAUGUAAGCAGUGUGGAAAAGCUUUUAACAGACGCAGUAAUUGCCAGGCACAUGAAAAAACUCACACUGAAAAGAAAUCCUUAGAAUGUAAGCAGUGUGGGAAAGCAUUCAAAUGUAACAAAUCAUUUUGUAUCCAUAAAAGAAGUCACACCCAAGAGAAACCUUUUGUAUGCAAGCAGUGUGGGAAAGCUUUCACCAGCCACAGCAGUUGCCAGGCACAUGAACGAAUUCACACCGGAGAGAAACCCUACGUGUGUAAGCAGUGUGGGAAAGCUUUCACACAUCGCAGUAAUUGUCAAACACAUGAAAGUACUCACAGUGGAGAAAAACCCUAUGUAUGUAAGCAUUGUGGGAAAGCUUUCAGGCAACGCCAUAACUGUCAAGCACAUGAAGUAAUUCACACUGGAGAGAAGCCCUAUGUAUGUAAGCAAUGUGGGCAAGCCUUCACUAGUAACAGUUCAUUUUAUAUACAUAAACAGAGUCACACCAUAGAGAAACCCUAUGUAUGUAAGCAAUGUGGGAAAGUAUUUGUUUCCAACAGUUCAUUUUGUAUGCAUCAAACCAUUCACACUGGAGAAAAACCAUAUGUAUGUAAGCAGUGUGGGAAAGCUUUUAGGCUACGCAAAAGUUGUCGAACACAUGAAAUGUCUCACACUGGAGAAAAACCCUAUGUAUGUAAGCUGUGUCAGAAAGCUUUUACCACUCGCAGUAAUUGUCAAGCACAUGAAAGAAGUCACACUGGAGAGAAGCCCUAUGUAUGUAAGCAAUGUGGGGAAGCCUUUGCUAAUCACAGUUCAUUUUAUAGACAUAAAAAGAGUCACAGUAUCGAGAAACCAUAUAUAUGUAGCCUAUGUGGGGAAGGCUUCACCAAUAAGAGAUUAUUUCAUAGACAUGAAAGUUAUCACACUCGAGAAAUACCCUAUGAAUGUAAGCAAUGUGGGGAAGGCUUCACUAGUAAGAGUUCAUUUUAUAGACAUAAAAAGAGUCACAUUGGAGAAAAACCAGUUGUAUGUAAGUAAUGUGGAGAAGGCUUGGCUAAGUACAGUUCAUUGUAUAGGGAUAAAGGGGGUCACACUGUAGAAACCCUGUGCUAUGUAAGACAGCAAUGAAGGUUCCUACACCACGGAGACAAUACGAUGCUUACAUGUCUGAAGGCUUGGGUCUGGUGGUCUGAGCAACUGAUUUGAAGGUAACA